AGACCCCUCCUACGCAUCUCUUUUCUUUUCUCUCUCCUCCUAUACUCCACCCCUCCACUUUUUCUGCCAUAAACGUCCGAACGCCACAUUGCUGCCACAGACCCUCCUUUCCUCUAAAACCAGAGCAACAGGAUUGAACCCCAAUACUCUCCAUCUACAGUUUAGCCUCCAUCUCCACUGGCAACCAGAUCACCUCCUUCCUCCCCACACGGCUCUCCACUCCACUUCGCAGUACUUCUGUCCUUCCUUCCUCUCUACUCUGCAACUCUCCCCUCUCUCUGCACUAAUCGUCCCACCCACCCCGCCUUGGCAUGGAGAAGGUGCAGCAUAUCACACGGGCGGCCAUUCGGCGGGCGUCCACCAUGGAGGUUCCCCAGCAGGCCAAGCAAAACAUGCAGGAGCUCUUCGUCAACUUCUGGCUCAUCCUCAUCUGCCUGCUGCUCAUCUACAUCAUUGUCUUGCUAAUCUCCUUCUACGGCAUGUGAGAGACCAGCGUGAUGUAACCUGCUCAUCCUCCUUUAACUUGGCAAACACCCAGAACC